AUGCUAGUAGUCAAAGAUCUCAUGAAACAAAUUUGUGAGAAGUACAAGAAGGAUGGCAAGGCAAAAGUGAACACUGAAGAAUUUAGAUUUGGUAAGAUCAAGAUUUUCUCUAAGGUUGGUGUUCUUGCUGAAAUCGAAGAGAUUAGAGAAAACAGAGACACUGAACUUGUUGGUGGUCUUCAUAUGUGUGCAAAAGCAAUUUCACAAAGAAAACUCAUUGAACAGAUUGCUAUUAAUGUCAUUCAAGACACCAUCCACAUUUGGUACCAAUUCAGAAAUUGGUUCAGAUUGUUCAAAAGGACAAAGAAAUUGAAGCUUUUAAAGAAGAAGCUUGCUGUAGAAAUCGCAAAGAGAGAAGCCGCUGAGAAGGCAUUUGCUGAGAUGAAAAUCAAGAACGUCGACUUGGAAACUUUAGUCCAAAAGCUUAAAGAAGACAUUGAGUCGAAGAAGAUAGCACUUGAUGAGGCAGAUAUGAAGUCACAAGAAGACCAAGAACACAUUGAAGAACUCCAAGUUGAUAAUCAAGGACUUCAAGAUAAAAUUACUGAACACAAAGCGACUGUUGCUAAGAAGGACAGUGUCAUCACUGUGUUGAACAAAGACAUUGAAGAUAAGGAAGGCGAAAUUUCUGACUUGAAGAAAAAGCUUGAAGCCGAAGAAGACAAUUUAAAGGAUCUUGAGACACAAUUGCACGAGAAGGAAGACGAUAUUGCUGAUUUGGAGAAGGCGGUUGCUGUGUUGAAAGAUCAGAACACACAACUUGAUGCUGCUAAGAAGGAAAUGAAGAAGUCGUCUGUCGAAGACGCUUCGAAGAUUGAGAAUUAUGAAUCACAGAUUAAGGCACUUGAAGCACAAAAGAAGAUGGCAUUGGACGACAAAGCGGAGGCCGAGAAGACUGCAGCGGACCAAUCUGAUAGAAGAAAAAAGAUGGAAGACCAAGUUAAAGCACUCAAUCCACAAGUUUCAUCACUUAAAAAGGCUGACAGUGCAGAUGCUGUUCGAAAAACUGAUUCACAGAAGGAACUUGAGAAGGAGAGAGCAAUGAAACAAGAAGCCGACAAAGAAACUCAAAGACUCGGAGCUAAAGUCACCGAUUCAGAAGCUAAAUUGGCGGAUGCUGAAUUGGAAGGAAUCGAAACAGAAAAAGAAGAAGCACAAAACACGGCUGCUAAAGCUAAGAAACAAGCUAAACAGUAUGCUAGAAAGGUUGAAGAGGCUGAGAGAAAGCUUGCAGAAUUCGAACAGAAGGAGUCUACUUUCAACACUCAAAUUGGUAAGACACAAUCCGAUUUGAAGAAGACUCAACAAUCAGUCAGAGAUGGCGAAUUGAGAACUGCCGAGUUGGAAGACAUAUCAGAAAAUUUGGUGAAUAUCUGA